AUGGCCAAUUCGGCCUCGCCUCCCGAACCGCAUUCCUCGAACGAGAUGGGUCCAACAGCAGUGAUGAGACCCUGCAAAUUCCACUCCUUAUCCCUCCAUUUUAAACGCAUAGUCAACCGCUGCCAAUCGCUAGUCACGGGACCUAGGCUCUGCAGCCACGGAAUCCCCAAAAUGAUGUCGAAUCCCCUGAUUGGCAGGUACAUACAGAUCAAUGGAUAUAUGCAAACCUUGAAUUUCCAAAGAGAUACCUCGAAGAACCCCUACACAGCUCAAAGGAGCACCAUUCGCCACCUUCACCACCAUGGAAUCGGUGGGCACGGUUGCCUGCUGCAGUUGCUUGGCGAAUUCUUCUCCCACAAAGUUCAAGGACGCGCCACUGUCGACUAG